ACGUUUCGCCGCAGAAUUACUCUGGUUUCUACCGGCGCGGGUCCACCGCAAUUCGUCCAGGACCGUAGGAGCCGCUCAGCGAGGGUCGAACGUUACAGCAACAGCAACAGCGAUUGCAGACACGUCCGCGACACGUUAUUUCAUCUUGAGCGUCUAAUCGAGGUGCGACAAUGACGAGACCGUACAAUCGUCGACAGCUCGUCGCGUUACUUUUACUAUUACAAACCGCCUCGAAAUACGGUUACGCGGUUCACGCGGUUUCCGCGGAGUCGACGCACGCGGCCGACCUGUCGCCGUCGUCUGCAUCCGUGCCGUCCGCUUCCGGCCCGUAUUACACCGGGCCAUCCGCGGGUUCGGACGAAUGCGAUCCCGAGAUGGUUGGCUUCGAACUGGUAACCGGCUACGUAACCGCGCCUACGAACAUGCUCGAGUCCAUACCAGGCACGUUGAUGCUCACCGAUUGCCUAGAGACCUGGCAGGCAACCGACUCCUGUCAGGCGGUCAACUACGAGACGGGCCUAUGCGUCCUAUUCAGCUCUAACGCCGACAGCAAUCCAGGCGCGCUGUCGCAGUCCCAGUUUCCCGUGUUUACGAUUUACGCCCAGAAGAGUUGCCUGGCGGUGAAACCGUGCGAGCGCGCUUGGUGCAUCGAUAGAGUCCAGGGACACCGUCUUCAGGGUCACGCACGCAGAACCAUGACCGCCUCCUCGAGGCAACACUGCCUCGAGCUCUGCCUCGGCGAGCGAGACUUUCUGUGCCGAUCCGCUAAUUACAUCAACGCCACCAAGCAAUGCGAACUUUCGGAAAUGGAUAGGUUGACAGUUGCCGGCUCGAAUGCCUUCCAGGCCGCGAAGGGAGUGGAUUAUUUGGAAAACCAUUGCGUGGAAGAGCCAGUGAAACUUUGCGAAUUUAAGAAGCUGGCCGGCCGAAUACUCAAGACUGUGGACUCUGUUUAUCAGGAUGUCGGCACGUCCGACGAAUGCCGAGAAUUGUGUCUAAAUUCGCCAUUCCGUUGCCAUUCUUACGAUUAUGGUGACACUGGUGAUAUGGUCUGCCGUCUCAGUCAUCACACCCGUGCAACUCUCUCCGACAUUCAGGAACCGUAUCUCGACGUACCGGAGGCGUCUACGUAUGAGUUGAGCUCCUGCUACAACGUGACCAUCGAUUGCCGCGCCGGCGAUAUGGUAACCAGAAUUCAAACGAGCAAGCUCUUCUACGGCAAGGUGUACGCAAAGGGUUCGCCCAACUCGUGCGUGCAGGACGUCAAAGGUGCGCUCGAGUUUGAGUUGCGCAUGGCGUACGACGAUCUCGAGUGUAACAUAAGGCAGCAGGGUCUCGGCCGGUAUUUGAACGACGUGGUUAUCCAACAUCACGACACCAUCGUCACCAGCUCCGAUCUCGGACUGGCUGUGACCUGUCAGUACGACCUCACUAACAAGACCGUGUCUAAUGAAGUCGAUCUCGGGGUACACGGCGACAUCACGCCCGCCCUGUCGGAGGAGGUGAUCGUCGAUUCGCCGAAUGUCGCCAUGAAGAUUACCGAUCGCAGCGGAAACGAGGCAAUCCCAUCGGCCGAAGUCGGCGACCCUCUGGCGCUCAAAUUCGAGAUCCUCGAUCCCAACAGCCCGUACGAGAUCUUUGUUCGCGAGCUAGUCGCUAUGGACGGUGUCGACUCCAGUGAAAUCAUUCUGAUCGAUUCCGACGGUUGUCCUACCGAUCACGUCAUCAUGGGACCACUUUACAAAUCGGCCCUCACUGGCAAGAUACUGUUGUCGCAUUUCGACGCCUUCAAGUUCCCGAGUUCGGAAGUGGUGCAAUUUCGCGCCCUGGUAACCCCGUGUAUGCCGACCUGCGAACCCGUGCAGUGCGAUCAGGAGGAGACGACCGGUGAGCUACGUUCGGUGAUCUCCUUCGGCAGACGUCGCCGUCGUCGUCGUUCCACCGGCGCCCAGAACCGCGAGGAUCUCCUUUUGGUGCAGUCCAUCCAGAUCACGGACAAGUUUGGUUUCGAGCGUGACGGUAAGUUAUCGAACGCCUCCGCGACGAGGGACACCGUUUUCAUCGAAAGCGAGGACAUAUCGACGAUGGGCAUGUGCAUCAACCUCGGCGAAGCCAUCAUCGCCGGCACGGUCUUCCUUGUCGCACAGAUUGCCAUCAUAGCGGCGUGGACCUUCACCUGGCAACGACGCCGACAGAUGUUGAAGCAUCAGGAAGCGCUCUCGGUUUCUGUAUCCGUGCCCGGAAUGCAUUCCGUGCCGGGACGCACCGACAGUCUUUGUAAGUUGUAUGAUGCCGGAUACUCCGGACGUCGCUUCUGAAUGGUUUCUCUUUCCAUCCGGUAUCAAUCGUCAAUCUCGUCUUCCUGCGUAAAAAUCGCUAUUACGAAUCUCGGGCUGACUUUUUGCACGUGAACGUGAGCUUUUUUUUAAACUCGUCCGCGUGCCACGAUUCUCGAAAGCGAUCAGCAGAUAAUCCUCUCACUUGAAAUCUUUCUCCGAAAUUCGGAUAAAUGCUAUUUUGCUCUAUAUAUAUUAU